AUUUCCGUCAUCUACGUAAACACCCGAGUACACAUUCACAACUGAACCUGCGGCUGUAACGCUGUUCUGGUCUAGAAGGCCAAAUAGCGUCAAGCGACAUGUUGCGUUGGCCAGCAGUAAGUCGGGCUUUGGCUGGUGCGGCCCAUUCCAAGGGCUCCAUUGCCACCACUAACAAUGUGCAGACUUCAGCCCGGGCCUCAAGCAAUAUGGUUGAAGUGUUUGUAGAUGGAAAACCUGUCAUGGUGGAGUCAGGGACCACUGUUCUACAGGCUUGUGAGAAAGUAGGUGUGCAGAUUCCUCGUUUCUGCUAUCAUGAUCGUCUUUCAGUGGCUGGUAACUGCCGCAUGUGUCUGGUGGAAAUCGAGAAAGCACCAAAGCCUGUUGCAGCAUGUGCAAUGCCUGUCAUGAAAGGGUGGAACAUUUUGACCAAUUCAGAACACACAACAAAUAAUAAUCAAGCAGGCAAAUGUCAUUAA